AUGGAAAACCAAUCCACAACGACAGAACCUACAGUGACAGAAUUCAUUCUGCUGCGAUUUUCUGAUAUCCGAGAGCUACAGUUCUUUCAUUUUGUGGUGUUCCUUUGCAUUUACUUGGCAGCUGUGAUCGGAAACUUUCUCAUUAUCCUACUUGUAGCCUAUGAUCACCGUCUUCGUAGUCCCAUGUAUUUCUUUCUGGGCAAUUUAUCACUGUCAGAUGCUUGCUACAUCUCCAUCACUGUCCCCAAAUCCAUGGCUGCUUCAUUGACAAACAGCAGUCAAAUUUCCUUCUCUGAAUGUGUUUCUCAAGUUUUCUUGAUUGUCACAUUUGCAGGGGCUGAGCUGACUUUUCUCACUGCCAUGUCAUAUGACCGCUAUGUGGCCAUCUGCCAUCCUUUGCAGUAUAGGAUGAUCAUGAACUGGAAGGCCUGCUUGCAAAUGGCAGCUGCAUCUUGGAUCAGUAGCGUAAUACGUGCAACAGUACACACUGUAAGCACAUUCAGGUUACAGUUUUGCAAGUUUAACAUCCAACAAUUUUUUUGUGACAUCCCUCAGUUAUGGAUGAUUUCUUGCACAGAUACAUCAGUCAAUGAGUGGCUUGUUAUUGCUGACACAUUUAUAAUGGGCUUGUUUUGCCUUCUCUUUAUAUUGGUGUCGUAUGGAUUCAUCUUCUCAACUGUACUCAAGAUUCAGUUGGCUCAAGGUAGGCAUAAAGUCUUCUCCACUUGCGCUCCACACUUGACUGUCUUGUCUUUGUUUCUUACAACUGCCGUGUUUUCUUACAUGAGACCAAAAGCCUUGUCCUCUCCUAGUGUGGAUCUGUUGGCUGCUGUCUUAUAUACAGUUUUGCCACCACUAAUGAAUCCCAUCAUUUACAGCCUGAGAAACAAAGAAAUUCAUGGGGCUAUGUCAAAAAUGGUAAAGAAGUGGUUUGGAUUUAAUGGUAUGAUUUCCUGCACCUUUCCCAAGAACAUUAAUUUUUCAGUGAAGAGAAACCAGUUGAUGUGA